AUGGCCGCCGCGGGAAGGAAUUCGGGCGUCCUCGCGCUCUUCGACGUCGAUGGCACUCUCACAGCGCCGCGCAAGGUGGUGACGCCAGAGAUGCUAGAGUUCAUGAAGCAGCUGCGCCAGCAUGUGACUGUGGGCGUGGUUGGCGGAUCUGAUCUUGUGAAGAUUACCGAGCAGCUCGGUAAAACAGUUAUUACUGAUUAUGAUUACGUCUUCUCUGAAAACGGCCUGGUUGCACACAAAAAUGGCCAACUAAUUGGAACUCAAAGUUUGAAAUCAUUUGUUGGAGAAGACAAGCUAAAGGAAUUUAUUAACUUCACUCUUCAUUACAUUGCUGACUUGGAUAUCCCAAUUAAAAGGGGUACGUUCAUAGAGUUCCGAAGUGGAAUGAUUAAUGUAUCUCCUAUAGGAAGAAACUGUAGCCAAGAAGAACGUGAUGAAUUUGAGAAGUAUGAUAAGGUGCAUAACAUUCGACCUAAAAUGGUGUCAGUGCUUCGUGAAAAGUUUGCACACAUGAACCUGACAUUUUCUAUUGGAGGGCAGAUUAGUUUUGAUGUAUUUCCCCAAGGUUGGGACAAGACUUACUGCUUGAGAUAUCUUGAGGAAUUUCAAGAAAUCCAUUUCUUUGGGGAUAAGACCUACAAGGGUGGCAAUGACUAUGAGAUAUUUGAAUCUGAAAGAACAGUUGGCCAUACAGUUACCAGCCCCAAUGACACAGCUCAGCAAUGCAGAUCUCUCUUCAUGUCGAAAUGA